GCCGGCCCGGAGUCCGCAGCCGGUAACUAACCAGCUGUGGCCGCACCCGCUCGCCAGCUCGCUUCAGCGACGGUGGACUCGCCCGGGUGCCUGGCGCCGCGUCCCGGGGCGCGCACUCCUUUUCUCGGCGGAGGGAGCAGGACUGGGGCGCGUCGUCCUACAAGACGCGCUGACGUCGCACUGGGCCGGUAGUCGGCGCGGAGCGGCCGGCGCGCGCGCGUGCGUUGGGCGCUCCCGCGGAGCAGGCAGGAGCUACCACCGCGGCUGUGCGGGUUCCAGGGCGGCGGCCGGCACACAGCAGCGCCGCGGGCGCAACCGAGCCGAGGCAGUCGCACCUGCGGGGAUGGCGCGGCCCCGGCCCUGCACCGCUGCCAGGCGCGCGGGUAGCUCCGGGCACGCCCAGUGACGGCGGCGGUGCCCUCGGCCGGGCAGCGCCCAGGCCGCUUGGCCAGAGCCCCGCGGCCGACGGCGGCCCGGGCCAUGAGGAGCGGCCGGGCCCAGGCCUCGCUGACCCCGGCUCCGCGCGGCGGCCUGUCCCGUUUCCGCUCCGGUCUCUCGGCAUGAGCGUCCGUCCGGGCCCGGGGCCGUGGUUGCCCCCGUCCCGCCGCCCGUGGGCGCGCUCGGGGCCCUCGGGCCCGCGGUGCUGAUCCCGGCUCUCCGCCAAGCUGCCCACCCAAGCGCUCUAUGUCCCGGGGGCGCGGCCAUGGAGGUGGUGGGCGACUUCGAGUACAGCAAGCGGGACCUCGUGGGACACGGGGCCUUCGCUGUGGUCUUCCGGGGGCGGCACCGCCAGAAAACUGAUUGGGAGGUAGCUAUUAAAAGUAUUAAUAAAAAGAACUUGUCAAAAUCACAGAUUCUGCUUGGAAAGGAAAUAAAAAUCUUAAAGGAACUUCAGCAUGAAAAUAUCGUAGCACUCUAUGAUGUUCAGGAAUUACCCAACUCUGUCUUUCUGGUGAUGGAGUAUUGCAAUGGUGGAGACCUGGCAGAUUAUUUGCAAGCUAAAGGAACUCUUGGAGAAGAUACUAUCAGAGUGUUUCUUCAUCAGAUUGCAGCAGCCAUGCGAAUCCUGCACAGUAAAGGGAUAAUCCAUAGGGAUCUCAAACCACAGAAUAUCUUGUUGUCUUACGCCAGUCGAAGAAAGUCAAGUGUCAGUGGUAUUCGUAUCAAAAUAGCCGAUUUUGGUUUUGCACGUUACCUACAUAGUAACACAAUGGCAGCAACACUGUGUGGAUCCCCAAUGUACAUGGCUCCUGAGGUCAUUAUGUCUCAACAUUAUGAUGCUAAGGCAGAUUUAUGGAGCAUUGGAACAGUGAUCUAUCAAUGCCUAGUUGGAAAACCACCUUUUCAGGCUAAUAGUCCUCAAGACCUAAGGAUGUUUUAUGAGAAAAACAGGAGCUUAAUGCCUAGUAUUCCCAGAGAAACAUCACCUUACUUGGCUAAUCUCCUUUUGGGUUUGCUUCAGAGAAAUCAAAAGGAUAGAAUGGACUUUGAAGCAUUUUUCAGCCAUCCUUUUCUUGAGCAAGUUCCAGUUAAAAAAUCUUGCCCAGUCCCGGUGCCUGUGUAUGCUGGCCCUGUCCCCGGAAGCUCCUGUGGCAGCUCACCUUCUUGUCGCUUUGCCUCUCCACCAUCCCUUCCAGAUAUGCAGCAUAUUCAGGAAGAAAACUUAUCCUCCCCACCAUUGGGUCCUCCCAACUAUCUACAGGUGUCAAAAGAUUCUGCCAGUAAUAGUAGCAAGAACUCUUCUUGUGACACGGAUGACUUUGUUUUGGUUCCACACAACAUCUCGUCAGACCACUCAUAUGAUAUGCCGAUGGGAACUGCUGCCAGACGUGCUUCAAAUGAAUUCUUCAUGUGUGGAGGGCAGUGUCAGCCUACUGUAUCACCUCACAGUGAGACAGUCCCAGUUCCAGUUCCUACUCAAGUAAGAAAUUAUCAGCGCAUAGAGCAGAAUCUUAUAUCCACUGCCAGCUCUGGCACAAAUCCACAUGGUUCUCCGAGAUCUGCAGUAGUCCGAAGGUCUAACACCAGCCCCCUGGGCUUCCCCCGGGUCGGGUCCUGCUCUCCGGUACCAGCAGAAGCAGUGCAGACAGGAGGCCGAAGACUCUCGACUGGCUCCUCCAGGCCUUACUCACCAUCCCCUUUGGUUGGUACCAUUCCUGAACAGUUCAGUCAGUGCUGCUGUGGGCAUCCUCAGGGCCAUGAAGCCAGGAGUAGACACUCCUCAGGUUCUCCAGUGCCACAGACCCAGUCACCACAGUCACUCUUACUGGGUGCUAGACUGCAGAGCGCCCCCACCCUCACUGAUAUCUAUCAGAACAAGCAGAAGCUGAGAAAACAACACUCUGACCCCGUGUGUCCAUCCCAUGCGGGAGCUGGGUAUAGUUACUCACCUCAGCCUAGUCGGCCUGGCAGCCUUGGAACCUCUCCCACCAAGCACAUGGGGUCCUCUCCACGGAGUUCUGACUGGUUCUUUAAAACUCCUUUGCCAACCAUCAUUGGCUCUCCUACUAAGACUACAGCUCCUUUCAAAAUCCCUAAAACACAAGCAUCUUCUAACUUGUUAGCCUUGGUUACUCGUCAUGGGCCUGCUGAAAGCCAGUCCAAAGAUGGAAAUGACCCUCGUGAAUGUUCCCAUUGCCUCUUAGUACAAGGAAGUGAGAAGCAACGAUCUGAGCUACAGAGCAAGGCCGUAUUUGGCAGAUCUGUCAGUACUGGGAAGUUAUCAGACCAACAAGUAAAGGCACCUUUAGGUGGACACCAGGGCAGUGCAGAUAGCUUAAAUACAGAACGACCAAUGGAUAUAGCUCCUGCUGGAGCGUGUGGUGUUAUGCUGGCAUUGCCAGCAGGAGCAGCAGCAAGCGCCAGAGCUGUCCUCUUCACUGUGGGGUCUCCUCCUCACAGUGCCACAGCCCCUGCUUGUACUCACAUGGUCCUUCGAACAAGAACCACCUCAGUGGGGUCCAGCAGCUCCGGAGGCUCCUUGUGCUCUGCAAGUGGCCGUGUAUGUGUGGGCUCCCCACCUGGGCCAGGCUUGGGCUCUUCCCCACCAGGAGCAGAGGCAGCUCCCAGCCUGAGAUAUGUGCCUUAUGGUGCUUCACCACCCAGCCUAGAGGGCCUCAUCACCUUUGAAGCCCCUGAACUACCAGAGGAGACACUGAUGGAGCGAGAACACACAGACACCUUACGCCACCUGAACGUGAUGUUAAUGUUUACUGAAUGUGUGCUGGACCUGACAGCAGUGAGGGGUGGGAACCCUGAGCUGUGCACAUCUGCUGUGUCCUUGUACCAGAUUCAGGAGAGUGUAGUCGUGGACCAGAUCAGCCAGCUAAGCAAAGAUUGGGGCCGGGUGGAGCAGCUGGUGUUAUACAUGAAAGCAGCACAGUUGCUGGCAGCUUCCCUGCAUCUCGCCAAAGCUCAGAUCAAGUCCGGGAAGCUGAGCCCAUCCACAGCUGUGAAACAAGUUGUUAAAAAUCUGAAUGAACGGUAUAAAUUCUGUAUCACCAUGUGCAAGAGACUUACAGAAAAGCUGAAUCGCUUCUUCUCUGAUAAACAGAGAUUUAUUGAUGAAAUCAACAGUGUGACUGCAGAGAAACUCAUCUAUAAUUGUGCUGUGGAAAUGGUUCAAUCUGCAGCCCUGGAUGAGAUGUUUCAGCAGACUGAAGACAUUGUUUAUCGGUACCACAAGGCAGCCCUUCUUUUGGAAGGCCUAACUAAGAUCCUGCAGGACCCUACAGAUGUUGAAAAUGUGCAUAAAUAUAAAUGUAGCCUUGAAAGGAGACUGUCGGCACUCUGCUGUGGUUCUGCAGCCCUGUGAGCAGCAUUGAGAGGGGACUGUCUCACGCUGCUGUGGUGCUGCAGCCCUGUGAGCUGCUGUGGUGCUGCAGCCCUGUGAGCUGCUGUGGUACUGCAGCCCUGUGAGCAGCAUUGAGAGGGGACUGUCGGCACGCUGCUGUGGUUCUGCAGCCCUGUGAGCAGCAGCUUGUCUGUGAACCAGCAGGGGGCGUGGUGGCACAGUUGGGAUUUCAGCUUGUUUCUGUCACCCACCCCAGGAAACCGUGGUGACUACCAAAGAACAAGCAGUCAUUUAAGAAGGAAAAACAAUAUCAAACUACAAGUUUGUAGAAAACCUGCCUUAUUGGAGAAGUCACUCCCCUUUUCCUUUUUCUUUAUAGAAGCAGAAGCAAAAGAGUAUCAACACACUGAACCUGAAAAUAAAUGUACCUUAGAACUAGAACCCUAAGUACAGUUAUUCUUGUGGAUAAUUAUCAGGAAACAAAGUGACACUUCAAUGGGCUCUCUGGUAAUAUAUGAAAGUCCAUAAAGAGUCUACAGCUCAUCCAGACAACUUGAGAUUUGGGGUAAGUUUGUCUGAAUCUGAGCAUGCAUAUGCAUCUUUAAACAGCUCAGAGGAAGAGUUUUAAGAAGAAGCAAAAGGUGACUCUUGGAUGAAUUGUGAAAUCUUCAACUUGAUCUAAUGUGGACAUAUGUUAAUCUUCCAAAAUCUUUCAUAUUGCACUAAUUUAUUAAAAUAACUGUGUAUUGGAUUUUGCAAUUUAAAACUAACUGAGGCACAAUGGACUUGUUUAGAAUAUUUUACUUGAUUACAUACAUAGGCCCUUUUCAGAAUUCAUGUGUACUCUCCAUUGAACUUUUAAAUGGUCGAAACUUGCAUUCAUGUGAACCUUUGCAUUUUUCUCACCUCUAAUUUUCACCAACAGAUCUUCUCAGUGGUAUUUUGAGUUGCUGGUUGUUUGCAUUUUUUGUUGUGCAUGCAGAAUGUGCAUCGAUACCUGUGACCUUAGGUUUAUUAAAGUCUAAGUUUAUUUGGGCAGUAUUAGAAAGCUAUCAUGAAUCAAGAAAUACUCUUGAGAAUUUUAAUAGGGCCAAAUCAGUGAUGAAUAAAGGCUUGUUAGUGAUGUGGAGUUUCUACAUGAAGUUAGUAAGAAGUGAGGUUUGUUUUCUCUUAGAAAAAUGGGCAGCUCUCUCCAGACUAAUGUGCACUUUUCAGUGUUAAUCCUGACAGUUCACCAAAUAGCUAGUCACGGUGAAUUAACAUCUCUCCAAGAAUGGUUCCUAUGUUGUAUAUUAUUUGGUUUCUUUUACUUACCUGCUUGAAUACUUGAAUAAAGCAUUCACCCGUCUUACCCUUUUAUUUCAAUAAAAUCCCUUUCACAUAAUGACCUGCACUCUGAUAGCUGCGUAGAAGCUCUUUGGCAUCGCACUUAACAGAGACAACAUGGUUUUCAUUUAUUUGGUGGACACAGUAAUGUAAUUUUUACAUUAUUUAUCUGUAUGACGUUCCAGCAGUUAAUUUGAACAUUUGUUUCUAAGAAGUUUGUAUUUGUAGGUCUUUACUACGGUGUUUCUACCUCUCAUUUGUAACUGCAUGCAUUAGUCUUCAAACUAGGUAAAACUCACUGAAUCAUUGUGUAAUAGCCUUUUUUAAAUUGCUUGUACAAAUGUAUAUUAAGGUUAAAUAAAACUGACAGUGUUUUUAGGUUAUA